AUGAGUGAAGAAUCUUCUGAUAAAAAGAGAAGAAGAAUAAUUACUCAAAUACAGAAUGAAGAAGAUAUGUUAAGAGGGGAAGAGGAACAUCCCAUGUGUAAUGACAAAAAAAAAAAUGAUAUUAAUAAAAAUUCCAAAAGGAAUAAGAAUUAUGAAUCUAAAUCAUUCAAUAAUAAAAAUGAAAAAAUAGAUGAUUCUAAUAGUGACAGUAAUAAUAAUAUUGAUGAAUUGAAAGGAAAUAAAAAUAAUAAUAAAAAGAAUAUAAAACAUUAUUUAAUUGAAAAUUUACAAAAUAAAAGUUUAUUACUAAAUAAUGUUUUGUCAGUUGAAGAAAAUAAAUUGUAUGUAAAAAAUAUUAAUGAACAUAUAACCAAAGAAAAUUUUGAAAGCUAUUUUUCUAAAAUUGAUGGUUAUAUAGAAACAAGAUUUGUUGUAGAUACUUCUAGAACGUCUAGAAAAUUUGCCUAUAUUGAUUUUGAAAAUAAAACAAAAGCUUUAGCAUUUUUACAUACACUUCAAAAUAGUAAUAUUGAAAACUUUAAAACAUUAACAUUAAAUAAUGUAGAUCUUCUUAUAUCCAUAUCAAAACCCAAAAAAUCUCUAUAUGAAGAAAAUAUUGUUUUUAUUAAAUUCACAAAGUGUAAUAUUGAUAGUGAUAUAAGUAUAAAAGAAAAAAUUUCUGACUUUUUAUUGAAACACACCAUUCUUGUUCGUGAUAUACGUCUCCUAGGAGACACCACAAACAAACAUGGAUAUAUAGAAUUGCUAAAUAAUGAAGAUGUCAUAAAAUGUGUUGAUAAUAUUAAACUAGGAAAACUAGACGAGCUAGAAUUUAAUUUAAACUAUUCCAUACCUAUAAUCAAAAAAAAAAUUAUUCCUGAUAUGGAAAAAAUUAAGAUGAAUAAAGAAAAAAAUAAACAACUUAAAGAUGAAAAGAAAAAAGAUAAGGAAAGUUGUACAGUAGUCGUAAAAAAUUUACAUUUCAAUACAAGAAAAAAUAAACUCCAAAAUAUUUUUGGACAAAUAGGUGAAAUUGAAAAUAUUUAUUUAAGUAAAAAAAUAUCCGAAAAUAAUAUAAAACGAAAUAAAGGAUUUGCAUUUAUAACAUUUAAAAAUUCAAACGAUGCAACAUCGUCUUUAAUACUUAACGAUAUUAUUAUAGACGGGCGUAAUAUAUUAAUAUCCAAAUUUAAUAAUGAUAAAGAUGGAAAAUAUCAAUAUAAUCAUGAUAUAAAUAAUCAUAGUAAUACAAAACAUGAUUAUCAUGAUAAAAAAUUUUCGAACCAUAAAUAUUAUAAAAAAGAUAGAAAACAAUACUUUGAAAAAAAAAGAAUAAAUCUGAAUAAAACAAAUGAUAAUGAUGCGGAAAAUGAAAAAAAAACUGAUAACCAAACAAUUGGUAUGACCAAUGAUGAUUUUAGAAAGCUUUUCUUUAAAUCAUAA